CGGCUCGGAGAGAAAGGUCGUGAGUCCGCAGCCUCCGACGGGACCGGUUCUGAGCCUUCGCAGAGCAAGAUGAGCGCGGACGCAGCGGCCGGGGAGCCUCUGCCCCGGCUCUGCUGCCUCGAGAAGGGUCCGAACGGCUACGGCUUCCACCUGCACGGGGAGAAAGGCAAGGUGGGCCAGUUUAUUCGGCUAGUGGAGCCUGGCUCGCCGGCCGAGAAGUCGGGGUUGCUGGCCGGGGACCGAUUGGUGGAGGUGAACGGUGAGAAUGUGGAGAAGGAGACGCAUCAGCAGGUGGUGAGCCGCAUCCGCGCGGCGCUGAACGCCGUGCGCCUGCUGGUGGUCGACCCUGAGACCGACGAGCAACUCAAGAAGCUGGGCGUCCCGAUCCGGGAAGAGCUGCUGCGCGCCCAGGAGAAGUCCGAGCACACCGAGCCGCCAGCGGCCGCCGACACUAAGAAGGCUGGGGACCAGAAUGAGGCCGAAAAGAGCCACUUGGAGCGGUGUGAGCUCCGACCCCGGCUCUGCACCAUGAAGAAAGGCCCCAAUGGUUAUGGCUUCAACCUGCACAGUGACAAAUCCAAGCCAGGCCAGUUCAUCCGAGCAGUGGACCCGGACUCACCAGCAGAGGCGUCUGGCCUCCGGGCCCAGGACCGGAUUGUGGAGGUCAAUGGCGUCUGCAUGGAGGGCAAACAGCACGGGGACGUCGUGUCUGCCAUCAAGGCUGGAGGUGAUGAAGCCAAGCUGCUGGUGGUAGACAAGGAAACAGAUGAGUUCUUUAAGAAGUGCAGAGUGACCCCGUCCCAGGAGCACCUGGAUGGCCCCUUGCCUGAACCCUUCAGCAAUGGAGAGAUACAGAAGGAGAACAGCCGUGAAGCCCUGGUAGAGCCAGCUUCAGAAAGCCCCAGGCCAGCCCUGGCAAGAUCUGCCUCCAGCGAUACCAGUGAGGAGCUAAAUGCCCAAGAUAGUCCCAAGAGACACGAUUCCACAGAGCCCUCAUCUACCUCCUCCUCCUCUGACCCCAUCUUGGACUUCAACAUCUCCCUGGCUGUGGCUAAAGAGAGGGCCCACCAGAAGCGCAGUAGCAAGCGGGCCCCGCAGAUGGACUGGAGCAAGAAAAAUGAACUCUUCAGCAACCUCUGAGCAUUCCGCCUCCGCUGUUUUGUGCUGGAGGGUGGGGCUGCCCACCCGACCUAGCUCCCCUUUUCUUCUCCCAGGUGCCCACCAAUCAACAUUCAAAUCAGCAUCAGCACCCACCCCACUUCCCGACAAAUCUGAUUUUCCUACAAUUCUGUCCUUCCCUCAUCCUAGGGAAGGAGAAUGUCCUGACUCCCUGCUCUUCCCCUAAGGGCUUCUUCCUACCAAAGUGUCCCUUCACCAGUCCGCCAAGGACACCACUGGGACCCUCACUAAGCAAGGACCUUUGGACCAGACAAGAAGUCUCCCCUCGGCAAUGUGUGAUAACCAAGUCCAAGGUUUACCAGGGGCUGUCUAU